AUGUCCGAAAUACCUUCCGGAAACAGUGAAUCGAGUGAUUCUUGUUCGUCGGCAGGAAGAGAAAACAUUCCGCCGGUCAUAGAAGUAUCUGUAGUGCCAAAAGUAACCAGUGCUCGAAAUGGGAGCAUGAAACCACCUUCAAAGCGCUCCAUCAUCACCACCUACACGGAAGAGCGCUUGUUAAAUGGAGAAAAGAUGAUUUGCUGUGUCCUUGGAGAAAAUUGUAUAUACGAGCAGAAAGUAUUUCGUCAGUCAAAUUUCGAGCGUCACUUCCGACUCUGCCACCCGGUGGAAUAUGACAGCUUGUGUAUUGGUCCAUCUGCUGCAAAGAGUAGCAGUCCGAAUAUGGAACCAGCUAUAACGAUUAGAAUGACAAAGCAACGGCUAGUAGGUGGAAUUAUCAAGAUGGUGGCCAUACAUGGACUUCCGUUCGAAGCCACGGAAUGGGAAGGAUUUCGGGAAGUGGUAGAUCCACUGCUCAGGGCCUAUAACUUGACCAUCAAUAGACACAACAUUACUCAGUACGUGACAAAAGCCGCAGAAGGUAUCGAUUGGAUGAUAGGCCAAGAGUUGAACGGGAAGCUGAUUUCACUCAAAUUAGACAUUGUAUCAAAAAUGUAUCGAAGCAUGCUGGGAAUCAACUGUCAAUACAUAAACAACAGUGGAAUUGUUGUAAAACGAAAUCUUGGUAUUAUUGAGCUGCACAUUCGUCACACUAGCCAAAACAUCAAAGAAGAGCUGGUAAAAGUGUUGAAAACCUUCAACGUGGAAAUGUGGCAAAUAAUGUCCAUCACAAUUGACAACGCGUCAAAUAUGGUCAAAUUAGUUGAUAUUCUGUCAGAUGAGAUCGAAUAUCCACUGGAGGUUGGAUUUGAGUAUCGCGGAGAAGCAGCGACCGAUGACAUAACCACGUUUAACGAACUUGACGCUGAUGAUGAUUUUGAUACGCUUGAUGAUUCCCUUGAGAGACCUGCAGUUCUGGAGUGGGUACGCGUUUUGGAGGAGUUUGCACCUAAUGCUUUCAUUACCGCUAUUCGUUGUGGAGCCCACACCACUCAGUUGGUAGUCCACGACGUUUGCAAGGAGAUUGAACACAAGGAUAUUCUGAAAGAGAUCAGGAAGAAGGUGAAGAAGUUCCGGUCGACUGAAUAUAAAGCGUUUUUUGACGUCAGUGAAGGAGUUUUUGAUCCGCGUCUCAAUUUCAAUGGAUCGAGUUUGCUCUCUCAGCCGCAGACAUUGAAGGAAGACAUAGUGAAAUUUUGUCUGCACAUUUGGUCAAGGAUCAAAUCUCGAAAUAAUCAAUCGGAAGAUAAUGAUUCAAUCUCUACAAUUUCCUUGGGUUCAGAAAUUCCGUCUUGUGAUAAAUUCAGCCUGAAUGAGUAUUUAACUCGCACAUUGGGUGCUACUCAAACGAUUCAAUCGGCUUCCUUGGAAUUGAAGAUUUGCAGUAUUCAAUAUCAACAAAGAAUCGAUGCAGAUAAGCCCUUCAACGUUAUUCAGUACUGGACAGCGAGGAGAUUUGAGGAGCCGCAACUUUGGGCGAUUGCUAAGAUCGUUCUUGGUGUACCUGCAACACAAUGCUCUAUUGAACGAGAUUUCAAUUUAUUUAGUUCCAUUUUGACAAAGUCAAGAAACAAACUGAGUUCAAAAAGUCUCCAAGAUAUAUUGAAAGUUCGAACAAACAAUAGUCUUGUGAAAUCCGCUCUAGCUUACAUGUUCAGCAAAGAUAAGCACAUUCUGGAAGCCCUUUCAUUAUCAGUAUCUACUUCAUAUAAUCAAUCGUGUUUAAAUUAUGUAAACUCAGCACAGAAUGACACCAUUGCACUUACCACGCCCAUCUUUUUGUUCUCUUCUCGUCCCCUUUCCUAUGCCGCAGGUUAUAUCACGAUCGGAAUCGAUGCUGAACCUUCUGCCACUCAGCGUUUCAUCAAAGCUCAAAAUUGUGCGACAACCGACUGUCGAGAGCCGUUGAAUCCACCAGCACCGGUAAACCACGUUCCGCUUCUCAUGAUCUUUCACAGCCCGUAUUAUGCUCGGCUUUGCUCUCUAACUGAUGGUGCGAUGGUGCACUCAACGCAGGGGAUACAAAUUCACUCAACUCAACGAGAAACGUCUUGCGGUGGUUGUGCGCAUCUGCUCUCACGCUGGCUGUCUGCCGCCAUCGAGAUCAUUGCGCGAAAUCUCACAGCAAGAGAUCACAGCGCUACCGGUACCGCUUUAGUUCGAAGUGGGAAGCACAACUGA